UUUUUCCAAAUCUGCCACGUUCCACCUGGGCGCCAUUCUCGAGCAACGACGGGCGAAACGAUGACCUUAUAAACACGCAGCCCAGUCGCCUGGGUUCUCGUUUCCUGCUCGAUGAUGAAGGGCCUCGAUCUCGCCGCCGCCGCACUGGGGAGGUCCAAUCCCUGGACCUGUAGGAGAUGCUUGCGGCAAGCUCAGGGGCAAUUAAGGAGUUUAAAGCAGACCAAGCGAUAUUCCACGAGGCCGAGUGGAAUCCCGAGCCCGAAGAGAAGAGGGAGGGUUUGGGUUGCUGCUACGGCGGGGGUCUUGGGCGUGGGUGCGAUCGCGUUCCCCGAUGAGCUGAAGCAUGCAUAUGGAGCUGUUCAGAGAUCCGGGUCGGUGGUCACCGGGUUGGCUGUAUGUAUAAAUGAUUAUCGGGUUACGCUGAAACGAAUGGAGAAGAUAGAAGAUGAGGAAGAACAGAACAGGAUGUUGAAGGCUUGCCACCAGAGAUGCGCAGACCGGACGCUGAAAGUGCUUGAAAAGAAUGGCAGUAUAUUCAUAAAACUCGGGCAACAUCUGAGCGUUAUGAAUUACCUUCUACCAAUCGAAUGGACUUCUACUUUCAUACCUCUCCAGGACAAAUGCCCUCGUUCGUCCUUUGAAUCCAUAGAAGAGAUGUUUAUCAAGGAUACGGGUAUGCCACUUUCAGAAUAUUUCUCUGAAUUCGACCACGAGCCUAUAGGGGCUGCAUCACUGGCCCAAGUUCAUUUGGCAACGGUCAAGGAGACCGGACAAAGGGUGGCCGUGAAGGUUCAGCAUCCGUCUUUGGCUGAAUGGACAAAACUAGACAUGGCAUUGACCAGCUUCACAUUCUCGACCUUGAAGAAGUUCUUUCCGGAGUAUGAUCUCGAGUGGCUCUCGGAUGAAGUCGAAAUGUCUCUCCCUCAAGAAUUGGAUUUUACACGGGAGGGACGAAAUGCUCUCAGAAUAACAGAAUAUUUCUCCCAUAUUCCAGAAGCACCAUUGGUAAUUCCCGAAGUUAUCUGGGCAAAGCAGCGGAUCCUCGUUAUGGAAAACGUGUCUGGUCAUCGACUGGAUGACCUCGAGUACCUAGAUUCUAACGGUAUAGAUCGAGAUGAGGUUUCCGCAGCUUUAGCUCACAUCUUCAAUGAGAUGAUAUUUGGCAAGAAUGCACCUUUGCACUGUGAUCCGCACGGUGGCAACAUAGCAAUACGGAAGAAUAACCACAGACGAGGAUGCAAUUUCGACAUAAUACUCUACGACCACGGCCUAUACCGAGACAUUCCCCUUGACCUUCGUCGCUCCUAUGCCAAGCUCUGGCUAGCAGUCAUCGACGCUGACGAACCGCGCAUGCGCAAGUACGCCAAGGAGGUAGCCGGCAUCUCCGACGAGCAAUUCCCCCUCUUCGCAUCCGCCAUCACGGGCCGGGACUACAGCGUGCUCAAGAAAUCCGUCACUAUAGCAAGGACAGAAGAGGAGAAACAGGCUAUGAACCAGGCUCUUGGGGAUGGCAUGCUCCUGCAACUAGUCCAGCUCCUAGGCCAAGUCCCGAGAGUCGUCCUGCUGAUCUUGAAGACGAACGACCUAACCCGGAAUCUCGAUGAGAAUCUCCACACGAGGCAAGGCCCCGUGCGAACCUUCCUCAUCUUAGCGCGAUACUGCGCUCGCACCGUGUUCGAGGAGCAAGUUGAGUAUCUCAAGGCCCGUGGCAGUCUACUGCUGCCCAGGAAUAUGUUGGGCCUGCUAGAAGCUUGGUUCGGCUACUUCAGAGUAGAAGCGAAACUAGAGGCCUUUGAGCUCUGGCUGGGCUUGAAGAGAGCUGUAGGAUUAUCAUGAUUUUCGAUUUCGAGUACCUUAUCUACCUAUAGACGAAUAUGCAUUUUUGGCUUCUUCUUGCCCACGCGCAUCCAUAGAUAUUAUAGACGCAUAAUCUAUCUAGCCUUCGGGAUUAGUGCACAUGAAUUAACAGAAAUAAAUCUAUUCUUUUCCCC